UAUAAGUUUACUUGCUAACUAUCUCUGUGUGGCAGUAUUAUAAACAAUUUAAUUGAAACACAUUUAUUUUGAAUCAAAAACAAUAAUCUACAAAGAUGCAGUAAUUUUUGUACUCAGUCGCAAACAAUAAAGAGUGCAGAAAAUAAUUUCAGAAUUUGUUGUAAUGGCUGGGUUUGUAGCGGUUCACACUGGUGCUGGUAAUUGUAUAGAUGAAACAAAAUACCAGCGUGUUAUUAAGGAAGCUUGUGUUCGAGCAACAGAUAUACUAAAGAAUGGCGGUUCUGCCAUGGACGCUUGCGAAGCAGCAAUAGUUCGACUUGAGAAUUGUGGAAAUACGAAUGCCGGAUUUGGAUCUAACCUUUGUUGGGAUGGUCGAGUGCAAUGUGAUGCAUCUAUAAUGAAUGGUUCAAAUUUACACUUUGGAGCUUGCACUAACGUCAGCACUGUACGCAAUCCUAUACGCUUGGCUCGAUUAUUAUGUGAUGGUCAAUCAACUAUGCUAUCAAUGGAGCGAAUACCACCAAUGAUUAUGGCGGGUAGCGGUGCAGAAAGAUAUGCAGAAGAACUAGGUUGCACUAUGAUCGAUCCAAAUGCAAUGAUUUCUUCUAAAGCAAAACUUUCUUAUAACCAUUAUAAAUCUAAAAUAUCGGCAAUAACAUCGGCUGCUGAUGCACCUACUUCAUCAGUUGUUCCGAAUCAAGUAAGUGCACUUGAUACGGUGGGAGCCGUGUGUGUAGAUAGUGCCGGUAAUACCGCUGCUGGUUGUAGCUCUGGUGGCUUAUUACUUAAAGUGCCGGGCCGAGUUGGACAAGCAGCUACUUAUGGUGCAGGAUGUUGGGCAACUAACACAACAGAGACCUCCGUGGCCACUUGUACAACGGGGAAUGGUGAAUAUUUAAUGAAAACUUUAUUAGCAAAAGAAAUAUGUGUCGAUUUGUUGACAAGUGAUUGUGCCGUAACGAGUUUACAUAAAAGCUUGAAAAGCAAAUUUCUGGAAUCACCAUUCCUUCCCGUUGACCAAGAAUUGUAUGCCGGAGCCCUUUCACUCAUUUACUAUCCCCAUGGCAAUACCGGGGAAGUAUUAUGGAGUCACACAACAAAAUCAUUUUGUGUUGGCUACAUGUCCACGCAACAAAAAGCGCCAAAGUUCAUAUAUUCCCCACUGCCAACGUAUAGUAUAGCGGGAAGAUCAUGUGUAGUCAAUGGGCAUAAUUUCCAUUUACGCGUCUAAUCGCCGCCUCAGCUGCCAUAGCUUGCAUUAAUGAUGACAGCAUUUAUUGUGAGUGCUGGUGUAGCAUGUAUUCAACAUUCUUUAUUUAUUUUCGAAUGUUUUCGUGUACAAAACAAAAUGUUUAUAUACAUAUAUUAAGAAAGCACAAUUGUGAUCAAGAAUUUCCA